ACUCUGUUUCUUUUAUUUUUUUUUUUAUUUUUUUUUUUUACAUGAGCAGUGCAUCAUUAUAUGCUACUAAUAACAUGACUGUGUCUGUUAACUUACUACUAAUACCGCUAAAGAUGAGGUGAAGUCCUCUGCUGAGGCUGCAGUCUGGGAGAAACCACAAUUUAACUGAGCCCACAGUGGGAGCGCUGGUCUGAACUGGGAGUGGUGGGAGGUUUCAAGAGAAACCCGGCAGGGCUCGCACGCAGUAGGCUACUGCACGUUUAGCCAACCUACAGGCAGACACCAGUCACUGACUGACUGACUGACUGGCUGGCUGACUGGGCUGACCUAUUCACAGCGGAGGGACUGAACCAAAUACCCACACUAACGUAUAGUCUGUCUGGACUUGGACGAUACAACCUCAGUCAAAGAAGAGAGAGAGACUACCGCACUCUUUUUGACCUCGUCUGUUUUAAGGUGGUGGCGAGUGACGGGGUGCGGGCUAUGAUGGAGUCGGCCCUGACAGCCAGAGACCGGGUGGGCGUGCAGGACUUUGUCCUGCUGGAGAACUUCACCAGCGAGGCCGCCUUCAUAGAGAACCUGCGCAAACGCUUCAAAGAGAACCUCAUCUAUACAUACAUUGGUUCAGUGCUAGUGUCAGUUAACCCAUACAAAGACCUGGAGAUCUACACCAAGAACCACAUGGAGCGAUACCGUGGAGUCAACUUCUACGAGGUCUCACCACACAUCUAUGCAGUGGCAGACAACUCGUACCGCUCCAUGAGGACCGAGAGGAGGGACCAGUGCAUCCUGAUCUCUGGGGAGAGCGGCGCCGGGAAGACGGAGGCGUCAAAGAAGAUCCUGCAGUAUUACGCCUUCACCUGUCCAGCCAGCGAGCAGGUGCAGACCAUCAAAGACCGCCUGCUGCAGUCCAACCCUGUGCUGGAGGCCUUUGGCAAUGCCAAGACCUUGCGUAACGACAACUCAAGCCGCUUUGGCAAGUACAUGGACAUUCAGUUUGAUUUUAAGUACCCCAGCCUUACCCUCUCCUCCUCUUACCCUUCCUCCCCCCUUCCUCCCUGGCCUUUAUCCCGUCGGCAGGGUGCCCCAGUUGGAGGCCACAUCAUUAACUACCUGCUGGAGAAGUCCCGUGUGGUCCACCAGAACCACGGGGAGAGGAACUUCCACAUUUUCUAUCAGCUGAUCGAGGGAGGGGAGGAGGACCUGCUGAGAGCCCUGGGCCUGGAGAGGAACCCUCAGCAGUACCAGUACCUGGUCAAAGGUAACUGUCCCAAAGUGAGCUCCAUCAACGAUCGCAGUGAUUGGAAGACGGUGAGGAAAGCCUUGACUGUGAUUGGCUUCAACGAGGACGAUGUGGAGGAGUUGUUGAACAUAAUUGCCAGUGUGCUCCACCUGGGGAAUGUGCAGUACGGCGGGGAAGAAGGCAAUGUCUGCAUCACUUCUGACACGCAGAUAAAGUACCUGGCCAGGUUGUUAGGAGUGAAUGGGGCAGUGCUGACAGAGGCACUCACACACAAGAAGAUAAUUGCCAAGGGAGAGGAGCUGAUGAGCCCGCUGAACCUAGAGCAAGCGUCAUCAGCUCGGGAUGCUUUAUCCAAGGCGGUGUAUGGACGCACCUUCACCUGGCUGGUUAACAAGAUCAAUGCUUCUCUGACAUACACGGAUGACUCCCACAAGAAUUACUCGGUCAUUGGCCUGCUGGACAUCUAUGGCUUUGAGGUCUUCCAGCACAACAGCUUUGAGCAGUUCUGCAUCAACUACUGUAACGAGAAGCUGCAGCAGCUCUUCAUUGAGCUCACCCUAAAGUCAGAGCAGGAGGAGUACGAGGCUGAAGGCAUCACGUGGGAGCCGGUGCAGUACUUCAAUAACAAAAUCAUCUGUGACCUGGUGGAGGAGAAGUUCAAAGGCAUCAUCUCCAUUCUGGAUGAGGAGUGUCUGAGACCCGGAGACGCCAGUGAUCUCACCUUCCUAGAGAAGCUGGAGGACACUGUGGGAGGACACGCACACUUUGUCACUCACAAGCUGGCUGAUGCAAAGACCCGGAAGGUAAUGGGCCGUGAUGAAUUCAGACUGCUGCAUUACGCUGGAGAAGUCAACUACAAUGUCAACGGAUUUUUGGACAAGAACAACGACCUGCUCUUCAGGAACUUAAAAGAGGUUAUGUGUAUGUCAGAGAACAAGAUCCUGAACCAGUGUUUUGACAGAGAGGAGCUGAGUGACAAAAAACGUCCCGAAACGGCAGCCACCCAGUUCAAAGCCAGUCUGGCGAAACUCAUGGAGAUCCUCAUGUCGAAGGAGCCGUCGUACGUCCGCUGCAUCAAGCCCAAUGACUCCAAGCAAGCAGGUCGAUUUGACGAAGUCUUGAUCCGUCACCAGGUCAAGUAUCUGGGGCUGAUGGAGAAUCUGAGGGUGAGGAGAGCCGGCUUUGCUUACAGACGGCGCUAUGAGGUCUUCCUUCAGAGGUAUAAGUCCCUGUGUCCAGAUACAUGGCCUAACUGGCAGGGGAAACUGGCCGAUGGAGUGGCCACACUGGUCAAACACCUGGGAUACAAGCCAGAGGAGUACAAACUGGGCAGAUCCAAAAUCUUCAUCCGUUUUCCAAAGACGUUGUUUGCCACCGAGGAAGCACUUGAGACCAGGAAACAUAGUCUUGCCACCAAGCUGCAGGCAGGAUGGAGAGGCUACAGCCAGAAGUCCAAAUACCAAAAACUCAGAACCUCAGCUAUUGCCAUCCAGGCGUGGUAUAGAGGGAUCCUGGCCAGGAGGAGAGCCCAGCGCAGGAGACAGGCUGCUGAUACUAUCCGCAGGUUCAUCAAAGGCUUCAUCUACCGCCACAGAGAGCGCUGUCCAGAGAAUGAGUAUUUCCUGGAUUAUGUGCGCUACUCCUUCCUCAUGAAGCUGCACAGGAACCUGCCCAAGAACGUCCUGGACAAGAGCUGGCCGACACCUCCAGCUGCUCUCACUGAGGCUUCAGAGCAUUUGCGUAAGCUGUGCAUGCAGAACAUGGUGUGGAGCUACUGCAAGAAGAUCAGUCCUGAGUGGAAACACCAGAUGGAGCAGAAGAUGAUCGCCAGUGAGCUCUUUAAGGACAAGAAGGACAACUACCCACAGAGCGUGCCCAAACUGUUUGUCAGCACAAGACUCAAUGGUGAGGACAUUAACCCCAAGGUGGUGCAGGCUCUGGGCAGUGAGAAGAUGAAGUAUGCAGUGCCAGUCACCAAGUACGACAGAAAAGGCUACAAGGCUCGGCCCCGCCAGCUGCUGCUCACCGCCAACAGUGCCGUUAUCGUUGAGGAGACCAAACUCAAGCAGCGCAUCGACUACGGAGCUCUGAAAGGUAUCUCAGUCAGCUCUCUCAGCGACGGCUUGUUCGUUCUGCAUGUGUCCAGUGACGACAACAAACAGAAGGGAGAUGUUGUUCUGCAGAGCGACCAUGUGAUUGAGACCUUGACCAAGAUUGCGAUCUGUUCUGACAAAGUAAACAACAUUAACAUUAACCAGGGCAGCAUAACGUUUACAGUGGGUCAGGGGAAAGAGGGCAUCAUAGACUUCACGCCCGGAUCAGAACUACUGGUGGCCAAGGCUAAGAACGGACACUUGUCUGUGACGGCUCCCAGACUGAACUCCAGAUGAUGGCCACUCUGACCACACAUACACCAGGAGCUACGUACUCCUGACCUCUCCCAUCCUCCAAUCACACGACUGCAGACCCCGCUCUGCCUAAGCCAAUCAGAUGCCAGCUGUCACUACACGGGUGGCAUGUGCUUCCAAUUAAAAAGAAGAAAAAAAAUCCAGCUAAACUAAUUGAUAUAUUUAUGUUCAUAUAUUAUAUUUUUGGGAUUAAUAUGGUUGCUGUUUUAAUAUUCUGAUUUUAUAUAUGAGGCCAAGGAAUAACAAAUAUUUUUGGUGCAUUUUUCAUGCACCAUGUGUGUUUAUUGUGCUUUAUUUGAGAACAUGACCAAGAAAACAAUGAGGGAAGAGUCAGAAUAAGAGACAACAACGAGAAGAAGGGGAAUGUUGUUGAUGAAAAUCAGGGUUAGUUGUUGCUUGUUGCCUCUUUUUUUUUUCUCUGUUUACUUUUUCGGCUCGACUUAUUAGGCUUGAUUGUCUUGCAGACACAACUUUCUCUAACUGGGGUGUAUGGCUUGUUAUUGAAGCAUGAAGGUGUGUAGAACAAGGCUGACGUAUGUAGGAUAGCUGUUGUGAGGUUCAGGGAUGAGGAAGAAAAUGUUUUCAAUCAAAUAGUGAUGCUUUGGCACGCAGAGGCUGGUAGUGUCAGACGGUGGUUCACUAAGUCAGAAUUAAUAGUUGGAUGUACUACUGAAUAUAUUUCACAAAUCUAUACAUGCAAUGUGUGAAUAAGAAGGUAGCUCGUCACCAGGGAUUCACUACAUGAAAUAAACAGCACACGUUGUAAAAGUAUGUGAGAAAAGGCAAGAGAAAGGUGAAAAGAAAGAUGAAAGAACGGUUGCCUUGACGCCAGGUGCAUGUGCCUUUUCCUUUGACUAAUUUAUUCAUAGUUGAGCUGUAUGUUGAUGGAUAACAACGCCAGAAUGAGUUAAGUGUAGAUAGAAACCCGUCGUCCAGCUGCCUGUGCCACUUCAAAAGCACAUCACCUGCUUUGACUUGAUGAAAGGCACCAGCAUGUCUCUCUGUCGUUGGCUACAUGUCCUCCAUUCUUCCACCUCUACUCUCUGCUUUGCCUCUCCAGCCUCCUCCCUAACCUCCCUGCUGUCUGUCUUAGAGAACUGGGGCUCUGUUUGGGCUUUGACUGAACUGGUCUAAUGGCCACGUGUUUAUUUUGUGUUGAUAUUCAGUGUACAUCUCUCCAUUUUUACAUUUCUGUCUUUGAAACUGCAUUUAGACCAACAUGUGUCGCAAUUUGAAGCCAAAUCUGGGUUAAGCUGAAAUAUAUGUGAAGGCCAAAUACAGUGGUUUAAGAUUGAAGCCACUAAUAGCUGUGUAUAAGGUGUUUGACAUGUUUAAACGGGACUCUUUUUAAAAAAAAAAAAAGAAAUAGUUUGACAUUUUGGGAAAUACGCUUAAUCACUUUCUGGCUGAGAAGAUUGAUACCACUCUCGGUUAGCUUAAUAUGAUGCUACUGCUUGCUAUAGCAGAGAGACCGGAGGCAGGAGGAAACAACAAUAGCAACUUUAGAGGCAUACUUAUAAGUACAUAUGGACAGAGACGGGCUAUCUGUUUCCUCCUGCUUCUGUUCUUUUUGCUAAAGCUAACCGGCUGCUAGCUUAGCGGUAGCUUCCCAUUUAAAGCUGCAGUGGGUAGAAAGCAAAGAAAUUCCAGGAUUGAAGUAGAAGUGAGACCUCUUCCUGCAGCUCUCCUUCUCCCCUCCCUGUCACCCAGGUAAAUGCAUGCACAGACCAGCCAAUAGGAACGCUCUCUUUUGCUCUUUCUGAAAUGAUCUGAUUGGUCAAAAGCCUGAAAACAGCCAAGAGGAGGUGCAGACGUCUAAUUUUCUCUCAGACCACUUGAAUUACAAUAUACUGAUAGGUUAUUAUGGAUUUUGCCCAACAACACCAAAAAACAAAUUGCCCACCACAGCUUUACUGAUGUCUGUAUGCUAACUAUGAAGCUACAGCCAGGGGAAUGCUAGCUUAGUGGGAGACAGCUUGCUUGGCUCUGUCCAAAUGAAAGGUCCACCUACAAAGGCUAGCUGUUUGCCCCUGUGUCCAGUCUUUAUGCUAAGCUGCCAAGUUGAACAUGUAGAUAUGAAAGUUGUAUUGAUCUUAUCAUCUAACUCCCUGCAAAAAAGCACGAGUGAAUUUCCCAAAAUGUCAAACUAUCCCUGUAGUGCCAGGAAAAUGUAAGGUUCUUUUCAAAAUGUUGCUCUUUUCAGGGUAGAACACUUCUGAAAUUGCAUCUAAAUUGUAGUGCAACACUAAAAAUCUUAAUUUAAUCCUGACACGAGUAGAAUAUUUAUGCAUCCUUUAGAAAAAAAUAUCAGUCCAGUUCAGAUUAAGAGCUUCCUAUAGAACAGUUCUACAAUAAAUAUCUCUGUCAAACUCUGACCAAGGACUGGUCCUGAAAAGGUUGUCAUUGAAAACUUUUGAGAAGAGCUCCAAAAUGUUUCCACAUUUUUGUUGUUCUUUUUGUUCUCACUCAAUGAACUUUUUCUCUGCGUGGCUCUGGGUAGCGAGGCGGGUGCAACAUGCCCAGGCAGGACUGUGCUACUAGCCAAAGACCCUCUUGAUUUCUAGUGAUUCUGUGUUGUAUGAUUUAUAUGAUAUUAUGUCGGUUCUGAAUGUGUUUAUCAGGAGGGAGAUCUAUGUGUAUAGUUUGUGUUCUGUGUUAUAAAUGAGAGAUUCAAGCCAAGUGAGGUUCGAUGAUGUGAAACAUUUGGGGAGAAAAAAAAACUUUUAGUAUUGUUUGUUGACGCAAACUUGUUCAUGUGCCUUGUUGGAUAGCAAUACAACCGAUUUGUGUGGAAUUAUGAGAAAUACCUCCUUGAGUCUUUGGCCAUUUCUAAAAGUUUCCCAGCAGCACCUAAAGGUCUCCUCUCUCUGUGUGUAUAAGCUUUAUUCAAACCAAAUCCUAAGUUUGUAUAUUGAUUUAAAGAUGCACUCCUCUUAUCAGCCCUGACUUACCGUAUGCACAAAACCAAUUUACAAUUAUACCAACACACUAAGAUAAGAUACUAAAGAUUUGAAAAAUAAAUUUGAAAAGUAAAAACAAACUAUUGAAUG